AUGGUGUGUUCUUGCCGAAUUUUCUUUCAUUUUGACGAAAAAAACUUUAGACACCCCGCUCUUGUUGCCGUCUUUUAAAAACUUUAGGUUCAUGCCUCACCGCUUAGGAUAGCUUGAGUGUCAGGGAAUUUUGCUUUUCGGCAACAUAUUAAUUAAUAUGUUGCUUCAGUGUAUAGGUCAUGAAGGAAUUGUCACAUUCAGUUUGUGACUAAGGUGUUCGGCAUUUUUAAAUCACUUUCAGUCCGCAGGCUUCACUCUGCACCUGGAAAUGCACUGCAGGUAUUUAGGAGUGCUUUUUGCCCCAGCCCUUCCGAGCCAAAAGUACCGGGGGCCAAUAGCAUGCUUUUAAAACCAUGUUUCACCAAGAAAACGCGAUUCGUUGGUAAUUAAGACAUCAUAUUAUCAUAGUCACUGGCGUCGCUCGUUUAUAUUGGUCGCGUAUGACAUAAUUAUGCUGCUGUCGUCAGCCGGCUGCGCUACCCAGACCCGUACAUCCGGGUAUUUUUGAUUCGGUCGUCAGCUUGCCUCAUCACUUAGACACUUUUAAGACCUUUACUUGAUCGCGCGCGUCAUUCGCUCGUUGUUUCCCAGUCUUGUCCUUGGGACACUACAGUUCGUACAAUUCUUGUAAUUUAACACCCCCACUUGCUUUAGGCUACCAAGUCUGUGGCAAUCUGUUGGGUCGUAGUUUACGGAAGGUCGGAAGUGACGCGAUACAUAGUAAGUUACGGCUGGAAAACGAUUAAUGUUGACUGGAGAGCUGUGUAAAGCUUGGCGUGACGAUCGACUUCCCCACUUACUUUUUAUUCCGUCACAGGAACUAGGCUGACGACCCAUAUAACAUUGAAGUAAAGGCUAAGGAGAACCCUCCAACAGUUCCAGGACCCUUAGUUCUGCUUUUUGUGAUUGUGCACACAUCUGACUUUUCCGGCCUCUUCAGACGCGAUGAGCAGCAGAUUUUGGUGAUUUGACCCCAUGUUCUCCGUCCGCGAGGGCUAGAUAUCAUUGGCCCAAGCACCCUUGACAGACCGCGUUGAGCCAAUUUCAUCAGACCUUUUUGCCGCCGUCAGAUUUGGGGCAAUAGCGUGAGGGCGACGAAGGAUGUGUCAAAGCCACCACUGUAAUCUUUAUGGGAUGGCCUGAGGUACCGUUGCGAUGUUAUCGCAGCGAGUACUGACUGUCUUAUCCUACGAAGUCGGUGUAAUUCGCUCAAACAAAACUCGGGCGACGGUGGUCGAUCACUUUUCAUUCGUCUUUCACAUGCCCAGCCCACAAAUAACAACCAUGCGGUGAACUUACUGAACAGAUGCCUCGUACACAUAGAUGUUGGUCAUGGUUUUGGCAUUACAAAUGGGCUGUUCACGCGUCGGAAGGCUCACAAAAGGUCCUCUAGCAGCAUUGGUUGGGUCGACGAUGCUACAUUAAGUCUGUUUGUUUGAAGCUGUUUACUCCUGUCCGAAAACCAGAAUCACGAGCACUGUCCUCCUACAGUCCAAGCAAUAGCUAUAAAUUUAUUCUCUUCGCAACGAUUAAAUCGACUGACUAAACGACUUCUUUUACCCGCUACGUUAUAUCCCAUGGGUCAGAAUAGCCUAGCAAUAGCAGAGCAACAUCACCAACCUAGUCGAGCCAGUCAGUCAGUAUUGAUGGGACCCCAGUGGGUCUUUAUUAAAAAUCAUUUAUUUAUUUACUAUUUUAUUUAUCCUAUUGCAAAUUCGACGCUAAAUUGUAUAAAGCCCUUCGGAAAAUUCGGCCAAUGCCGUAGUUUAAUAGAAUGGGCAACAGGGUGAAAACUUACCUAAAGACACCGUCCGUAUAGGCCAUUUGUUGCUCGCGUCACAAUUGUUUCCGUGACCGUGUAGAUCUGCCGUUGUUACUUUGUGCCCGGGUACUCUUAUAAUUGUUGAAUCGCGGUUGUCGGGAUCUAACUUAACAAGCCAUUCAGUCUACGUGACUAUGACCAUCCUUGAACUACGCACUGCAUUUUUUGGAAUCGUCGCCCUAGAUGUGCGCCAGCAGAUCGGAACAAACGUGGAAAAUAUGGUUUUCUUUGAAGAAUUUGCUGCAUAUUGCCUUUUGGAAUACAAAAACAUCUCGCACAGAAACUCGCAAAUUGUGCAUGCCCUGAGGACUUUUUGCGAUGCCUGCUGGAUGUAUUUGCUCAGGAGACCUAUUAUCGUGUACCCACAGCUGCCAUUUUCAUGUCAUAUGUACCGGACACCUGCCGCUAACCGACCACAAUUGAGUGCGACCGAAUAAAACGGUGGCUCGAAUCGGUCCACGUGACCUCCAUCGGGUGUUCAAGUGGUCAGGGCCUAUACUAACUCGGUUACGUUGUUUACCUCUGUCCGCAUGCGAUCUGCCUUGUGUGCCAACUGUCGAAGUAAGCUCCGAGGAUUUUUCUUCCUAGAUAAGGGUAAUUGUCUUGCUCUUUGCGUCCGAAUUUACCUACCCAAUCAUGAUGAGCAAUUGUGGUGCAGAUCUAUUGUAAGGCUUAUGAUAACCGGAGCCGACGUCUCUGCCAAAUUGUCAAGGUGACCACGAGGUGUAGAGCUCCAGAUCACCGAAGUACGUGUAGUCUUCAGAACCUUAGGACGGACACGAGGUCAGACGGGAGGCGAAGCUAAAGUUGCACAGUUGUUUUAAGCCAAUGGGACACUAUAGGUAUCCGCAGAAGCUGUUUGCCACAUUCUCUUGUAAAAAGAAUUUUUCUAAGAUAUUAUCUCAUGUAGAUGUGACUCGAUAAACCUUCAACGAUAAGGUUGUUCUCUUGUACGCCUGGAAAACUGGUGCGAGGCGGCAAGAGGGACCAAAGACCAGAUGGCGUUUUUUAUUUUAGGAACCCAUAGCCAGUGGUGAUCAUCGACACUCCUAGCCUUUAUCUCAUUUGUUAUUUAGAACUUUAUCCAAGUUAACAAAUUUUUACUUAAUAAGUGUUUUGACGGAUUUCGAAUAAUUCAUUUUGACCCAACUGUGAAAAACUCGGCGCGUCGAUGGGAUUCGAACCCACAACAGCAAGAGGAAAGCUUUAGUACAGCCAACGCUAUAGCCAACUGAGCUACGAGGCCCCAUCAGGAGCUGUAAGUUUAAUCACAUCUGGGUCAGUCAGCUUACUGUAUCAGAUUUGGUGGAUUUCAGACGUUGCGGUAGGUUGGGUGGGUAACUUGACUCAUGUGAUUAUAUUCACGGCUCCCAGUGGGGGCUCGUAGCUCAGGUGGCCAGAGCGCUGGUUGUGCUAAAGCCUUUCCCUUGCCGUUAUGGGUUCGAAUCCCAGCAAGGCGCCGAGUUUUUUAUAGUUGGGUCAAAAUUAGAAAUCUUUAGUUAUACAGAAACUGAAUACUGUUAAUGGCCAGCUCUUUUCAUUGUUGAAGAAGCUGCUUCAGUACUGACCUAGGAGGACACGAAACCAAUCGAAAUAGCUUAUCAUUGUAAGAAGGCAGAGUACCUGCUGAACAACCACCUGCCCAUCACGAUUGGGGUUGCUCACCCACUCUUGUAAAUGUUAUUUUGCAGGAGACUCGCCUAACAACCGGCACGUGCGCCUUGGGCAGGCAAAUAUUUACAGUAAGAAUAACUGUUAAAACGUUAUCAAGUAAGAUUUACGGUAGAGUAUGGGCACAAUGAUGCUGUUGUAUGCUCGACCUUACGGCCAAACCAACUUACUGGGAGGUCUUUUUGCUGUAAGUGUGAAUUCCUGUCCGGCUCAUGCACGCUCACGCAUAAAACGUCCGCACGGGAUUAUUGGCUGCUGGUAAAUUUUCAUUGCCUUUUCCUCUGCACCUGUGCUAAAACCUCGGUUGCCUAAUGCUUCUAGGACGUCUUCCUCACGGUUCGACGGGCCAAGACUACGCUGUUUCUCAGCGUGAAGGAGAGCAUGGAGGUGCUUGAGCUAAAGAAGAUGAUUGAAGGCAUACUGAAAGUCCCGCCUGAAGAUCAACUGCUGUUACGUCAAAGCACCCCCAUGGACGACCACAAACCUCUUGCCUACUACAGUCUAAAUAGUCAGACCGCCCGCGCUCACAGUCCUGCAACUCUCGGACUUUGUCUUCGUGAUGCGGGCAAGUAUAGUCAGAAUGCGUUGUUUUGUAUUGAACCAGUGCUACACAAGCCUCUGAUUCGUGUUUUCAAAUUCCUGGGAUACCGGUGCCAUAGAGGGCGGCAUCCCGUUGAGACUAAUGACAGCAUUGCUGUGGCCCAAUAAAUUUAACAGUCAUCAAGGUUCCCUCCAGACCCCCACGUUGAAGUUGUGGCGCUGGCCCUUAUUAGUUAUUUCUGCCUUGGUAAUGCACCAUUCUCUGUAGAGUUUUGUGCUGGGCACCUCGAACACUGCUCACUUUAGGAUUAUCAGUCUCGAUGAGUGUGUUUUAUGAACUAUCGGCACCUAUUAGCUUAUUUUAUACUGUUCUGGAAUCCAGUUUUGUUUAUCAUCGAUAUAUCGAUAUUUUUAUUUAAUCGGAAAGUGGAUUCCAGGUCAGAUUCAAAGAAAACCGACUUUUAAAACUGAUUUGACAACCCGGCCGCCUGCAUAUAGUGAAUUAUCUUUGGGUUCGAACCGUUUAGGUACCGGAAAUGAGAGUGUUUCUAGCUAACAUGCAUAAAGAAAACGUUAAUAUGAAACGAAUCUCGAAGUUUGGUCUUCGAAAUUCUCUCUAUAAAGCGUUAGGUUUGCAUCACCAUAUCAGUUUUCCUUCAACCUAUCUCUACUGACAUACUUUUGGGUCUCCCUUUUGUGGUUUUUGAUUGCCAUCAAUUCCUCGUCUACAUCCUCCAUUCAGCGAUUUUUUCGUAGUUUACUUGUGGGUGCCAAAAUGCCCGGCCAACCUCCCGGUUGGUUGCUCGGUUUGGUUUCGUCAUCGUUCCUCAGGGCUACCGAGGCUUUGCAGCCCUCUCUUUACACAUCCAACUCUUUUUUGUUCAACCUGCGUAUCCAUGACUAGACGAGUUAUGCGCGAUCAAAUUAUUGCACCAUCUGACCGGGAGUUUAUCCAUCGUAAAAGUAUCCAGCUGCUAACUCGCCUUGGUAGGCAUUGGCGCAAGGCCAACGCCCCCUGCUUAGUGUUAAGCCUAGCCGUAAGGUAUUAUUGAGGCGUUCUAACUAGAAACAUUUCUGUCGAACGAGAUGAUUAUUUGACGUCACCUCCUCGCCCGCAGAGCUGGAAACGUCCAUAUUCCAGCAGUCUUUGGAUAUAGAUGCCUAAGGAAUGCCGUGUUAAUCAAAUGUUUCGAUAUUUAUAUUUCAAAAACAUCUGUUUUUCGGUCUGCUUUUGACCAGAGAAAUUUCUACGGAUGCUUGAAAAAGGUCCACUGGGCCGAACCGUAUCUAGUAAACUGCACCAGUUCACGGAAAGGGGGAGCUAGUGACGGGGGGGUGAUUAACGUGAAAUGUGAAUGAAUUCCAGUGCCCACACGGAGUAUUCGGAGUGUUUCCCACCGUUAAAUAGAGCAGUUGCCACACGUGACAUCCACUCGUAAAGUCAUCUCUUAUGUGUCAAACUUCUGCCAUUCGUUAGGUUAACCCCCCCCCUCUUCCAUUUACUAGUCUGUCUCAGUUUUAAUAUGUACUUCGCUGUGGUGCCUUACUAGGCCUAUUUCAGUAUCGCCUAGUCACACUCGUUCUAAUGAUUUCCAGAGAGCGGACAGUUCGAAGUUCUUGACAUUACACCUUACUCAACUCCGCCUGAACUGCCGGAGGUGAUGCGAUGCCAGGAGAACCUACCGCCCCAAAGUGCUCAAGAAGUCGGCGCUGGCGUAAAACAGUAG